UGAAAGUUCAGACAGAGGUGUUGAGAUGAGUUGGCCCUCGCAUACAGGAAGUAACGAAAUAUAGAGGGGACAAAGAAGCAUCAUUUUGAAAUUUUGCAAACCAGCACACAGUUCAUUCUGCUGUCUGGUUAUCCUGCUGCGUGCAUCUGAAGACCACCCGCAGUCAGCAUGAGUCUCCAGUGGACGGCCGUGGCCACCUUCCUGUACGCCGAGGUGUUUUUCGUCCUGCUCCUGUGCGUGCCCUUCAUCUCCCCGCAGAGAUGGAGCAAGAUCUUCAAGUCCCGUCUUGUGAAGGCCAUCAUGACGUACGGGAACACCUACUUCAUGGUGUCCAUGGCGAUCCUGGUCUUCCUGCUGAUUGAUGCCUUCAGGGAGGUGCGCAAGUACAGCGUGACGGACAAGGUGGACCUGAGCAACAACCCCGUGGCUGUGGAGCACAUUCACAUGAAGCUGUUCCGCGCACAGAGGAACGAGUACAUCGCCGGCUUCGCCCUGCUCCUCUGCCUGCUGUUGAGACGCCUGGCCACCCUCCUGUCUCAGCAAGCCACCAUGAUCGCCUCCAACGAGGCCUUCAAGAAGCAGGCGGAAGGGGCCAGCGAUGCGGCCAAGAAGUACAUGGAGGAGAACGAGAAGCUCCAGGAGAAACUGAGGGAGGCUGGGAUCGAGGUUCCUGAAAUGGGCAAGAAGACCGGACCAGGAGCUGAGGAGGAGAACAAAGCCCUCAAGGCCGAGAUGGUGAAGCUGAAGGACGAGCUGGAGGCCACCAAGAAAACCCUGCAGAAGUCGAACAGUGACGUGAGGGCCAUGAAGAAGCAGGCUGAGAACCUGACCGUGGAGUAUGACCGACUGCUGGAGGAGCACGCCAAACUGCAGGCGAGUCUGGAUGACGGACCACGAGAGAAGAAGACGGACUGAGCGGAUGUGCGGUAUUCACCGACCACACCCACCCCCCCCCGACCCCCCUCCCGACCACACCGCCGGUCCCUGCUGAUCGCCCACCGCCAUGUCCCCCGCACUGGCACCUGCUUUGUCUGGAUCCUGAACGUAUAGGCCCAUUCCAAACGAGUGCCUUGGGAAGCCGUCCGCUUCCCCUUGGCUCCAAACACACGUGAAUCAUUUGAUGGAGUGUAAAAGUGCAGGCCUUAAUGACAUUUCCAUUUUUCCAGUCUCAGAAAGUUCUGAAUUUACCAAAAACUUUGUUAAUCUUAAGUCCAACAUUUGUUAAAACCUAAUGGAAAUGUUCUGAAAAAAAAAUCUAUAUAGUUGAUCCCUUUCUUCCUCUUUUCCUCUUUGUGGUUUUAAAGAGAAGGAAAGGGAUAGCACUCUGUGUCUGGUUUGAAAUUUGAGGAUGUUCUCCUGCAGUACACUGACCAAUUGCCGCUAGGCUAGUUGUGUUUGUUUUUUUUGUUUUUUCUUUGUGGUGCAGAAACCUUUUAUGUCCUGUCAUUAUUAUGAUUUUCACUGAGAGUGACUAGACUGGGACCAUAA